UCUGAGCUCUCCCCGCCCCCAUUAGAUCGUGUGGUCGGCGUAUUCAGAGCACGACAAAACGUGGAUCUUGUCAAAUGUCUGUUUUACUGGGGUCUGUUGCCUGACACUGUUUAAGAAAAAGUUAUUUCAAAUAACAGAGUGGGAAAGUUUUAGUUAGCAGAGAAAUGACGGGACAAUCGGCGUUGUUGCUACGAAAACAAUUAGCAGAUCUGAACAAGAACCCCGUGGAAGGCUUCUCGGCGGGUCUUGUGGAUGACAAUGACAUCUUUCAGUGGGAAGUGGUCGUCAUUGGACCCCAGGACACACUCUUUGAAGGAGGGUUCUUCAAGGCCACUCUAACCUUUCCACGGGAUUAUCCUUUAAGACCACCCAAAAUGAAGUUCAUCACAGAAAUCUGGCAUCCUAACGUUGCAAAAAACGGCGACGUGUGCAUCUCCAUCCUGCACGAGCCUGGAGAAGACAAGUAUGGCUACGAGAAGCCAGAGGAGCGUUGGUUGCCAAUCCAUACCGUGGAGACCAUCAUGAUCAGUGUCAUCUCCAUGUUGGCAGACCCCAACGGCGAUUCUCCCGCCAACGUUGACGCGGCGGUUAGUUUGUGGCCGGGCCUUGACAGCUUUCAUUCGAAAGACCAAAUGCUCACGUUUGUUCGUUGCGCCUUACAGAAAGAAUGGCGUGACGAUCCCAAGGGAAUUUUUAAGAAGAAGGUUGCACGCUGUGUGCGGAAAAGUCAAGAGAUGGCUUUUGACUGACGUCUUGCAUUUUGGGGAUUUUUUAAAAAAACUUGCUGAGGUGAACCAGGAAUGCUGAGAGGCGGACCAGAGUCCACUUCAUUGACAAGACAUGUUUCCGGAUUUCAAAAGACGCAACAAUUUACCUGCAAAAGCCAUCUUUUUUUUUUUUUUAAACCAGAACCUUGAUACAUGCAGCAUAUUCCAAUCUUAGUUUUUCUUUAUAUUAACUAUUUAUUUUAAAACAAGAAGCAGUGAAGAAGUUUUUGCCGGGGGGAGGGUGGGGACUCGGGGGGGUUAGAGCUGCCACACUGAGCCAUAAAGCCUACAGUGCCUUUUAUGAAAACAAACUGAGGGCUUGUGUUGUGGAAAACAAAAGGGCAUAUCGGAAUGUUAUGUGGUUUCAUUUCCAAAAUUUGCUCUGGCAAGUGUUCUAGCAGUUGUGUGAUAUGUUUGAGAGGAUCGUACUUCAGUGUGAAAUAAAGUUUGGCGCCAUUUGUUCAAUUACA